AUAUGCACCAAGUUUGUUUUGAUACGUAAGGAAUUCCCCGUGACCUCGUUUUCGAAUUUUUCGUUAGGGGUUUUCCGUAAGAUGUUCCAAGGAUGGCGUGAUAUUGUGUUGACCUAUCAGUAUUUUCGUAAUAUAUGGCCAAAAUAAGAUCAGUGAAUGCGAUAAGAAACAUGGGAAGUAAACCAUAAAAGACUACAGAAGAUAUAGAUAUAAAAAUGGAGGGUAGAGUCCCAGCUUACUUAGUGAGAGGUGUGAUGAGGGUGCUGACAUUCCUGGCUCUACUCCUGCAGAAAGCAAGAAGUUGGUACACCCAUAUCCGACAGUACUUCUCCCCAAGGACAUACCUCUCACCCUACUUCAACCCUCCCCCCUCAGAGGAGACCCGGGAAAGAAUUCAAUCAAUUUUCGAUAUACUGGAAUGCGAGCCUGAUUGCGAUUUUGUAAAGAUUAAACGAUUAUUGGAUGAUUGCCCUUCCCACGAGGCCUUGCAUGAAGUUGUGACGGAUAAUGGGUACAAUAUAUUCCAGGAAGCCGUCAUAAGGAAUAAUGCGUUACUUGUUAAAGCCCUUAUACGAAAAGGGUUUAGUGUUGAUCAGGGACGAUGCAGCAAACCGAUACAUUUAGCGUGUAAACUUGGACAUUUAGACCUUGUAAAAAUUCUCAUUGAAAAUGGUGCAAAAACGGACAUCGAAACUGGAAUGUGUUAUCCAAACUCUCAUUUGCCACAUUAUCAGCCGAGGUCUAAGUUUCAGUUCAUGGACAAGGAUAUUUUCGAUUGUGACCGAGAUCACAUGUUGCCGUUAUUGUACGCUAUUCAGGGCAAUCAUGUAGACAUUGUUAGACUGCUACUCGAGAAUCAAGAAACUUUGCAACCAGUGUGGUUAAUUCAGAAGUAUCCGCUACAUUAUGCCUGUCAUAGCGGCUCAUUUGAUUGUAUGAAAUAUCUACUUGAGCAGUGCCCUACGCAUUUGAAACUCCCCGAUUCCAGGGGGCUCUAUCCGUUGCAUUACUCAGUGCAGUGGACCAAACAACAGGUCCAGUAUUUGAUCGAAUCAAAUGCUAAUGUCCAUGUAAUUAGUAAUAAUGGUGAAACUGCAUUGCAUAGUGUGUUCAACACAUUGAAGAAUCCUCUUGAGAUUAACCGUAUUACAAAACUUUUGCUUGGGACUGGGAUGGAACAAGAUGUGAAUAUCAAAGACAGGCAGGGGGAUCUUGCGUUACAUGCUUUAGUCACACAUGUCAACCGCCGUGUGUCUUUCUUCCAACCUGCCAAAGAAACCCCCAUUGUGCCCCUCUCGCAGAGAACAAGAUUUGCUGAAAUACAAGAGGAUCCCCUGGGACAAUCUGAAUAUCAAACUGAAGUGUUGAAAGCACUUGACACAUUACUGAAGUAUAACUGUGAGGCAAAUGUGCAGAAUAAGAAUGGCUUCACACCCUUACAUAAACUCCUCCUUGUAUUUAAUCACCUCAUUAGCAACCCUAGGGAGGUCUACAGCAAAGGACGAUCGUUUCACGACACUUUCUUAGUUGACUUCGAUAUUCUGUGUAAAGCAGUAGAGAUCUUACUAACACAUGGGUCAGAUCCGAAUGCAAUGACUAUGAAUGGUAGACCAGCAUUAACUAUAAUCCUCAAGGGUAUUCUAAAUACCGACCCGGCAUUGUUGCCAAAAUACAGUGCUGGGUUUCUCCGACUGAUAGAUACAUUGUGUCGUCAUGGCGCUGAUUGUAAUGCUAUGUUAGCCAGCCCCAGUGGAAUAGUGGCUCUCUUAGCUCGAUUUGGACAACGCAUUGUUGGACCUGAUGGACUCAGAUGGACUGGGAAUCUCAAACAAUUACAUGCCUCAUUCCUGAAUGAUCUCUUGCAAUUAUUUCUUCGACAUAAUCUAAAUCCUAACUGUAUCACCAAUAUGACUAAAAAACAUUUAGAGGGAGGAAGUGGGAAUGGCCUGAUUGAAUUUGUCAGGCUGACCCAAUCAAUAAGAACACCCAGUGACUUGGACAUAAUUUAUGAUUGGAUUUUGACUCUGUUACAAUGGGGGGCCAAUCCUGAUAUCGAGCCAUACCCCUCAGAACCAAUCAUCUGUCAUUCACAGAGCUCCAUCUUUCUCAAACCGAAGGGCACUCAAGCCGUCAAUCAUUACAUGUAUGAUAUUCAAGACUUUCGCUCAUUCUUUGAUGGCGGUCAUGCCGAGCGCCUCCUGUAUCUUUUCUACAAUGUCAUGGAUCACGAGCCUCUGUUUCAAUGUCUCGGGACUGCUAAAUUCAUGUCUAGGUUUGACCCUCAUAGGGCCCCAAAUGGCCAGUUUAUGUCCAUACUACAAGGUUUGUCUAAAGAACCCCGUAGCCUGAAGCAGAUUGCAAGAGUCUCUAUCUAUAAAGCCAUGGGGAGGAGGCUGGCAACAGGGGUGCCACAACUACAUUACCCAAACCCACUGAAGAAAUACUUGUUGGACGUUGAAUGA